AUAUAACGUUCAUCACUUAUCCUUGAAAUAGAAACACCCUUCAUUUAUUUCAACACUUUUUCACUUCACAAAUUCACCAUAAUGUUCACUUUGUCACUCCAUUAAUUUGAGAAUUCCUACUUUGUGUUAGUUUGAGUGUUCUCUGAGAUGGGUCUGCAUAAAGUGUUGAACUUGUGUAUGGUACUAUGUUUGGUUUGUUCAUCACUACUGUGUUCAAUAACCAAAUGUGAUGGUGGUGGUGGUUCAGAUCAUUUCUCUUUGAAGUUCUUGAAGGCACCUCAUGCAUUCUCUCAUUUGAGCUCAGCAGCAUUUUCAUUUGAAGUUGUUCAUUCUGGCAAUGGUGGAACAUGUUCAUCAAACUGCAGCCUCAGUUGCAAGUUGGAUGAUGGGAUUGCAUCAGAUUGUAAAAAUGGAGAAAGAGUUACAUACUCAAGCUUGAAGGAUGGAAAUCAUACAUUUGAAGUGUGCAACAAUAAUAAUGGGGAUCAAGGACUUGGAUGUGUUACUUAUAAUUGGACUAUUGAUACAGUUCCUCCAACUGCAUAUAUUACAACUUCAACAAAUUUCACAAGUUCUUUAAAUGUAACAGUGAAUGUAUCUUUCAGUGAACCUUGUAUGGGUGGAGGAGGUUUUGGAUGCAAGUCUGUGAAUGCUUGCAAUCUUCUUGUCUAUGGUGCUGGAGAGGUUAUACCAUCUUCCCUUACAAUUUUGAAACCAAACCUCAUGUACUCUCUUCUUGUUAGUUUGAACUCGACUGCGCAAUUCGGCCGCGCAAUCCUUGUAAUGGACAGAGAUUUCUGCACAGACAUGGCUGGUAACAGCUUUAUAAGAAAGCAAAAUUCAAGUGUCUAUGUACAUUUUGAUAGAAGAAAGGUUUAUGUGAACCUCAGGACUCAUAUACCAGAGAAGCUACUUCAACUUAACAGUGAAACAAGAACAGUUCAAGCAACUAAUGACAGUGACAAACUAAAAGUAUAUUUGUACUUCUCAGCACCAGUUCUUAAUUCAUCUUCAGAAAUCAUGAAAUCUCUCAGCAUCAAUCAGGGUUCACUUCUUCCAAUCAGUGAAGAGAGUCUUGGAAACAGAAGAUUCGGAUACUCGGUUGGUAAUAUCUCCCAUACUGCAAUUAUCUCAGUCGAUUUCAAUUCGGAGUCUAUAAUAAGCAGAGAAAUGACUCAAUUUUCUCCAACUUCACCAGUUACUUUCCUUUAUGAUUCUAAGAGGCCUGCUGUGAUGUUGAGUACAUAUAGCAUGAGGACCAAAGAACACAAUCUCCAAGUAUUAGUUGAAUUUGCAAAGCCUGUGUUUGGUUUCAACACCUCUUGUAUAUCAGUUUCUGGAGGCCUUGUAAAAAGCUUCCAUGAAUUUAGAAGGAGCACAUACAUUGUUGAGUUACAAGCAGAUGAUGAUUUAGUAUAUGUCAGUGUUCCUGAGAAUGCGACUCGCGAUGUAGCAGGAAAUCAAAAUCUACCUUCCAAUGUUCUACAAGUUAGGCACUACACUAUGCCUGUGAUUUCAUCAGUGGUUUCUGCAUUUACAACUGCUUCUUUCAUCGCGACUGCGCUGGUGGCAGGGCUGCUUACUAUCUCAACAGCAAGCCUUCAAUCUGUUGGUACAUUUACAAAGUCAGCUUUCUUGAUUGUUGAUCCGGCGAGGAAUCUCUUUAGAAUUUUGUGUCAUAUUCAAGUCUUUGCACUAUCAAGAUGGUUAACAGCCAAGUUACCAGUCGAGUUCUAUGAAUUCGCGAGGCAUAUGCGAUGGACUGUACCUUAUUUUACAGUGCCAUGGGAACCUGGACAACUGAACCUAUUCACUAUAGCCUCUGGUCCUUAUGGAAGCUCUGAUUCAUCAUUCAACAAAGCUUCAAAACCAAUUCACCAAAGCUUUAAUUUGAGCAUUGCAGCUUCAUCAGUGUAUGGAUCACCACUUACUUCUUUAGAGUACCAGCAAUUUUUUGAGAGCGAAAACAUGAGGCCGGAAGCCGAAUAUAUUUUGGAUUCACAGCAUUACAGUGGAUGGACAGAUUUUUAUAGAAGCAUGUUUUGGUUAGCUGUGAUCUGUGGUGGUUUGCUGGUUCUGCAUGCUCUUCUCCUCAUGAUCCUGAAAUAUGGGAAGAGAAACUCUGAUAAGCCAAGGACAUAUGGAGCACUUAUAUUUCCAAGAUUUGAGAUAUUCCUUGUAGUUCUUGCACUACCUGCUAUUUGCAAGGCCUCUUCUGAUCUUAUUAGUGGGGGAGGUCCUUCAGCAAUGGCAGUUGGCAUUCUACUAUUGGUUUGUGUGUCUAUUGUGCUUCUAUUUUUGUUCCUAUUCCUCUCAAUUGGUAUCACAUUUGGGAAACUACUUCAAUACAAGGAAGUUCAUCAAGAAGGUGAGGAAUUUCAUUGGUAUCAAGAGCUUAUUAGGGUAACUCUUGGUCCAGGUAAAAGAGGCCAAUGGAGUUGGAAGGACCAACCAAAAUCUCUUCACCUAAUCAUCUUUGGACCACUCUUUGAGGACCUAAGAGGCCCUCCAAAAUACAUGCUUUCCCAAAUAACCGGCGGACGCUUUCCAAGCCUAGGCGACCGGAUCAUUGCCUCAGACGACGAAACAGAAGACGCCGAGGCGCCUUUCAUCCAAAAGCUCUUUGGGAUUCUCAGGAUUUACUAUGUGUUUCUUGAAACCAUAAGGAGGGUCACCCUUGGAAUAAUGGCAGGUGCAUUUGUGCUAAAUGGAAGUUCCAAGACACCAAUUAUUGUUAUUCUUUCAAUGACAUCAUUUCAGCUAUUCUUUAUGCUGCUAAAGAAGCCAUUCAUAAAGAAAAAGGUUCAGCUAGUUGAGAUAAUCUCACUCUCAUGUGAGUUUGCAUUCUUUGUUACUUGCUUUGUGCUCUUGAAGAUGGAUAUCUCAUUGGGAAUUGAGAAAAAGCUUGGGAUCUUUAUGAUUAUGUUGUUCCUAGUGGAGUAUUGUGCUCAACUUGCAAAUGAAUGGUGUGCAUUAUAUAGACAAACAAGGUUUCUUGACCCUCAAGAAAAGUCAUUCUUCAAAGGAUUGAAGAUUGCUUCAAUUGGUUUUCUUUUGUACUUCAUGCCUCAAAAGGGAAUCAAGAUUUUGGAGAAGGAGUUGCCACAAAAUGGACACGAAAAUCGAGGAACCGGCGGCAAUGUUUUCGGAGAGGGAGACAGAUAUAGAAGCUCUGAUAGCAUGAGUUCAGGUACACCUGAUAGACCAUGGCUUAAACAGUUGAGGGAAUUUGCAAAAUCUAGUUUUGGUAGAGAAAGAAGUGGAGCAAUGAAUGAUCCUUCUACUAGUGGUACUAGUAGGUGGAGUGGUUUUUGGGGAACCAAAAAGAGUGGUAGUUCAUCUGAUUUCAAAUCAAAACCUAGUUCAUUGUACCAAGAUUUGGAAGCCAUUUUUGCAUCCAAGUGAAUUCAAGUUGUGACAAAAAUUUGUGUCUAA